CAAAUAUGCUAACAAUUAUGAAAAACAACCUUUUCCUGUCUUUCACUUGCCUUCUCUUAUUUUUAUUUUUUUCUUCUUGGAAGUAGGUUAUUUUCCCAGUCGUCUACAGAGGACUUCUUAGAAGUUUUGACCAAGGAAAAUGAAAGCACAGCUGUUACUCCAUUUACUUUUCCAAGGUGUUCUGCUGUUUGAUACUUUGAUAGCAUGGGAAGUGAGGAUGCCAAAAUACAUCCAUGGCCUUCAGGGUUCCUGUCUGGUUAUACCAUGUUCUUUCUCUUACACAUCAAACCCACCCAAAAACCCAAGUAGAGUUGUGUGGUAUCAGUGGGUCUCUCGUGGUUAUCCUUUAGUUUAUGAUCCAAAGUAUCCAGAUCAAGUAAUUGAAAAGUUCAGAGGAAAAACUGAUUUAUUUGUGAGCUCAAGUACGGAUUGCAGUCUGCUGAUCAAAAACCUGGAAAAGUCUCACAAUGGAGAGAAAUUAUAUGCAUGGAUUGACCCUGAAACUGUUAGUUACAGCACAUACAAAUUUUAUGACGUCACCUCUACAAUUGUAGUUGAUGCAAGUCCACAGCCGCCCAGCAUCCAUAUUUAUGGAGGUGAAAGGACGGGUGACGCCAUUACAGUAGCAUGUUCGACUUUCCACACGUGUCCAUACAGGAAACCAGACAUCUUUCUGAACGGUACUGAAGGAUCUGAUCAAUUACACAAUGAACAUAUUGAAGACGGCCUGUGGAAAGUCACUCUGACACGCACAGGUGUCGUAAAAGCAGAAAAUAUCACUAUGAAUUGUUCUGUAACACAUCACGGUGGCCUAAUAGUGACAACUACAAACGACAAAAGUGCCAAAUGUGUUCCUGACAAAAUAACGAUUGAGCCUGAACUGGCUGAGGUCACAGACGGCGUUGCAAAAAACUUCACUUGUUCGGUCUAUCACUCCUGCAAGAGAGAGACUCCUACCAUCACAUGGAACUAUGAGAACAUGACAGUCUCAGAUGACAGCAACAAACUUCCUGGUUUAAAUCAGGUCUCCUAUUCCACCAUAACCUUUCUGGGUUCAAAAGACGAUCAUGGGAUGAAAUUGAUUUGCACUGCAAAAAUUUCUGGAAAAGCCAUUACGGCUUCUGUGGUUUUACAUUUGCAAUCCCCUUUCAUUAAUGAGCCAUUGCUUACUGAACUGAAGACUAUUGGUCUGUACAUCCUGGCACCUUCACUUGUGUUCCUCCUUGCCUGCUUAAUUGCUGGAGUCAUCAUAUUCAAGAGGCGACAAAGGUCAAAAGAUGCAUGUACAGUGUCAGGAAACAAGCCUUUCUCCAAACCUCGUAUGCCAUCACCAAAAAGUGACCCAAAAUCCUGCAAUAAAUAUGAUUGUGAAGCUGAGUAUACCAAUAUGGAGGAUCUCAACAUGUAUGGAAAUAUCUGACGAAAAUGCUGUAUAUCAAAGACCUAAAAUGGGCUUAAUACUUU